AUGGCUUCCCAGAGCUCUGGUACACCUGGCGACACCAGAUUCUCUAUCUCGCCUCACAUGGUUACCGUGCUGUGGCACCCGAUCUCCGUGGCUACGGUGACACCACUGGUGCUCCAGUCUCCGAUCCACCAAGUUCACCACCCUUCAUGUGGUUGGAGAUCUGGUGGCGCUCAUCAACACCGUGGUGGCCCCGGCGAGGACAAGGUGUUCGUAGUUGGACAUGACUGGGGUGCAAUGAUUGCCUGGGCUUUAUGUCUUUAUCGGCCAGAUAAAGUAAAGGCCUUGGUGAAUAUGAGUGUUCCUUUCAGUCCAAGGAAUCCUAAGUUCAAACCUAUCGAUGGACUUCGUGCUCUCUAUGGAAACGAUUACUACAUCAUCAGAUUUCAGGAACCUGGAGAAAUCGAAGGUGAAUUUGCGGUAUGGGGUACAGAUAGAGUAUUAAAUAAUUUCUUUAAUUAUCGCAAACCUGCCCCCCUUUUUCUACCCAAGGGUGUUGGGUUCGGAACCUCACCUGAUGAUCCUAUAAUCUUGCCUUCAUGGAUGUCCAAAGAAGAUCUUGAAUACUACACAAGCAAAUAUGAGAAAACUGGCUUCACCGGAGGUCUAAACUACUAUCGAGCUUUGAACUUGAACUGGGAGCUAACUGGCCCAUGGACCGGAGCUCAAGUGAAGGUACCUGUUAAGUUCAUCGUGGGUGACCUUGACCUGACCUACAACUCGAUGGGUGCUAGAGACUAUAUAGAAAAAGGAGGGUUUACAAAAAGAUGUGCCUCUUUUGGACGAAGUAACCGUGCUUCAAGGUGUAGGUCAUUUUCUUCAUGA